CAGAGAAAGAGCUGCGGUCGUGGUCGGCGCCGCGCAAUGCCGGCUCGGCGCCCCGAGUUGCCCGUCGUCGGCAUCGACGCGACGACGCCCUUCCGACGCCAGAAACCCGUGAAAAGGCGUUGCAGGCCGCGUCCCGGCAACAUUAGUGGCGGCGUGGAGGCUGCGGCCGCGGCGGCGGAACUGGGCCGCGUCAUGCGGGUGGAGCAGACACGAGUGAUGAGCCCCGACUCCUGCUGGCAGGAGCAGCCUCGCAAGGUUCCCCGUUCUUCGUCGCGCAGCCUGGGCGAGGCGCUGUCGACGCUGCUGUACCAGCCGUACGAGUGCCGCGACGACUCUUCCUCCUCCUCGGACGAAGAGGCAAUAAUAUUAAUGUCGGAGGUCGGAAAGCGUCCGGCAGAUGGCGGGUCGGUCGAGGAGCCGCCUGCGAGCUCAGGUCGCGGCGGCGGCGUCCAGGGGGAGGAGGAGAAGUCGGAGGCAGUGUCAGUGUCGAGCGAAGCUUCGGCAGGCGCGGAUGCAGCUGUGUCGCCCGUGGCGCCGCGCAUGGUGAGUGUGAGUGUCGAGGCGGGCCCCCCGGCCGCCUCCAGCGCGGCCCCCGCCGCCGCCGUCGCCGCCCCCGACGAGCUGGAGACGGAGGACGAAGAGCGAAGACUGUGUUCGGUGCCACACGUGUCGAGUGUGCAGAUUGUGGCGUGCGAGCGCACCUUCACCUCGUCCGAGGCGCAGACGGACCUCGACUCGCGCGAGCAGCGGCGCCGCCAGCGCCGCGAGCGCCGCCAGCAGCGCCUCCUCAGCAGGGCCAACCCCCCGCCCGCCCCCGCGCCACCCCCCGAUGCCGGGCCCCCGAUGGACAGACUGCUCCCCGACCUGCUGGUCAACUCGUACCUCCAGCAGCCGCCCCCGUACUCCACCCUGCCCAUCAGGACCAUCGCGGGACCGCCCCCGCCGCCUCCGCAGGGCCUCCUCCUCCCGGCGGCAGCCCUCGGAUCCCCGCCCCCGCCGCCCCUCGUCCACCAGCCCCUCGCCAUGCGGCUCUCCUUCCCCAUCACGCCCUCCUCGAGAAGGUGUCGAGUCGGAUCGGGUCGAGCGUCUCACCUGUCCGAAGAGCCAAAGUCUUGUUGUGGGCUGGUCCUCACGCAGGCGGCUUCCAUCAGAUGGUUCAUCGUCCUAAUCGCCUUCGUCGGCGUCUGCUGCUCCGUCGUCGGCACCGGGCUCGGCGCGAUGCGAGCCACUGGCCGAGACCACCUCAGCAUAUCACUUCUCAUGAUAGCAGUCGGGAUAGCAUUAGUGUUGGUCAGCGGGAUCGGCUGGAGACUGACGGCGCACGACGCGCCCUCGUGCAGGGCCAUGCUGGGCUUGGGAGGACACGGCUCCAGGUGCGGAGGCGUCGGCGACGGCGAGGGCGCCGAAGCCAACCGACGCUUUGUGCCGAGACUGCCGCCGUCAUACGGGCGACCGCACCACCCGUAUGCUGCCAUGAUCUACCCGGAGUUUCAAUAUCGACCGCCUCCGCCUUCGUAUCAAGCGUCGAUGCAAGAGUACCGGUUGCGGCUUCUGCUGUUGGACCGAGGCGCGACGCAGCAGCAACCACAGCAACCUCCGCCUGCGGCAGACCCCGUGGCGGCCGUCUCUCCACCUCCGACGUACAGGUCGAAUGUUGGCUCAAUGCUCAGGGCACCGAUGCUAUUCCGAAGAGACAAUAACCAGUCGGCGCGCGCCGGCGACGCGAGUGUGUGCUCGAGUCGGCCGCCGAGCUACCGAUCGCGCGCAGGGUCGACGCGUCCGGCGAGCGUGGCCACGAUGGCGGACGGGAACGCGAGCGUGAGUCUGGUGCCGUCGGCGUCGCCGCAGCCGCCGUCCGUGUCGGUCAUCUGCGUGGGCAACAACCCCAAGUUCGCGGCGUCGUCCGGCCCGACGCACAUCGACAUUGAUAGUGAGAAGACUAGUUUGAACGAGGAGCAGGGCCAGCUGGUCACCAUAGUGCAAACGGGACACGAAAUCUCGUCCGAAACCGGCGUCACCACGGUCACAGUGUCCGGACUGCUGUCCAGCGACGACUGCGGCCCCCACCAGCUGCUCUUCACGCCAGCCUCGCCAGACGCAGAAAUGGAGAUUCUCGCCCACUUGUAACUUUUUCGUUUCGUUUCGUUUUGUACCCGGAUUGAGAGAGUGAAGUGAUUCAUUUGUCCGAAAUAUUCAGUUUUUCUCUGAACAGGAACUCUUUUUGCUUGACUUUGAUCGAGUUUUUAAGCCCACCAAUCGAUUCCUGAGGGUCGAAUUAGUUAUAAAUGAUAUUUUUUCCGUUAAAAAUGUCCAGCGCGACGUGCGAACUUUUUUCCCGCCAAAACAAUUUAAACGUAAAUUCGACUGCGCAUGCGUGAUGAGAGCUGGUUUGAGCACUUGCAGGGAUACCACCUGUACGAAUGACUUCUUUAUCAGAUCUGACGCAUGCGCACUUCUCGUAUUUAUAUUGUUUUGGCGGGAAAAAAGUUCUUACGUCGUACUGGCCAUUUUGGUCGGAUAAAACAUCCACCAUUACUAAUUCGACCCUCAGGAAUCGAUUGGUGAGCUCAGAAACUUCGUCAAAUACGAUCUUUUAGGCUAAAUUGGCGCCAUUUCGAAUUUUAAAUAAUGCUGUAGGGUUAGAUGAGAAGUUUUGUCGCCAAAAUUUCAUGUUUCCGGAGAUUUCAAUUUUUUUGGUAAUUUUCGGAAGGGUUAAUUUUAGAAAAUCUGCAAAAACUCCAGUUUUAAAAUCUGGAUUGAACCAGAAAACUUUUAAAAAUGGCCUCUAAUCCCUUUAAAUUCAUUUUGCUCACAGAUUGAAAUUAAAAAUAAAUUAUUUAACCCCUAAAAAUGAAGGCUAAUUUGCCCAAAAUCAACGCAUAAGGCCAUUUUUAAGUCUGUUUCCUCUCGACAAAACAUAAAUGGCUUGAAAUUCUUUAAAAAAUCAAUUGGAUUUGGAAAUUAAAAUAUGCUACUAAAAUUUUGGUGGUCACUUUGUGAAAUAAAAUAAAUUUUAUCAGCUUUCAGAACAUCUCUUCUUCAGUAAACCACCAAAAUCUUUCAAAGCCAAGUACAAAUAUAAAAAACUGCACCCACCGAUCGAUUUGUCUUGCAAACUUUUGCUUCCAAAGCGAAUUUCGUCCAAACUGAGCACAUAAAUCGCUAAAAUUCAAUGAAUUUCUAUUAAAUGAUUUUAUUUAAUUAAUUUUCAAUAGAUUAAACAGUUUUUUCUGAAAAAAUAUUAUUUAAAUUUAAAAAAAAAUGCGAAAUACCAAAGCUUUUGAUUUAAUAAUGAGUCAAAAUCCUAAGAAAUUCGACAAAAUAAAAAUUUUAAGAAUAUUCCAGACCAUGAUCUCUCUCCAAGUAUGAAAAUUAUCAGGAAUAUUAGUUAAAUUUCUACAGAGUAGGAUUCUUUUAAAGGCAUAAGCUAAAAUUUGAUUUAUCUUCGGACAAAGCCGCUCACUUCUCUCAAACAUCCGCAUUUGUUUUUCAAACUAGACGCGAUGCAAAUCUCAGCUGCCGCAAAAUUAAAUAAGAAUAAUCUCCGAGUGCCUCCAACUGAAUCGAUAGAUUGAAACUAAAUUUAGUUGUAGGUAAAUUAAUCACAGGCUGAAUCAAAAAAAGAAAGAAAUAGACACGUUGUUUCAAUCCUAGAACGGUACGAUUGCGUUGGAACUGCAGAUCAACACACACACAUAUUUUUUACUACGCGAACAAACACAAUUAUUAUAAAAAUUUAAAAUCCGUUAAGCUCUGAGCUACAGUGCAGCAAAUGCGUAUGAUUUUCUCCUCAAUUUAUGGCAAUGUUAAAAGCAGAUUCACAGAGGCCGCGUUUUUUUUUAAAUUUAAAUUGUUUGUUGUCGAUAUAAAGCGAUUUCAAAUCGCAGCUGUGAGAAAAUGUCUUGACGACUUACUUGAUUACGAGAAAGAAGCAUAAAAUAAUUAAUUGACAAAACUCGUGAAUCUGUUUUUGUUCGGCUCUGUGCAGGAUUGUUAUAAAUCCGCUUGUAUUUUAGGACCGACACCGCCGCGCGCGAAAAACUUGAACGCAUAAUCGACAAAAAUGUGAAUAUAAAUAUAAUAACGCGCUUUUUUAUGUUGAGUGGACGCAUAAUUUAUCUCGAUCCAUUCAAAGAGAGACGAUUUUAUUAUCACUGUUGGUUGUUUAUACUCAUAUUGAUUGUGCUAUCUCUGCGUUUGCCACUGCAAAGUGCAAAGUUUUUGCUUUCCUUCUUUCCCUACUUCCUUCUCAACUGUACUUUCUUUCCGAAAAAUUCUCGACUGUUCGUUUCUCUGUAAGCAUGACUGUUUUGAUGUUUGGUUGUUUUACUGUUUCAAAUGUAAACACAUUUAAUUGUAUUCCAGACUAUGGUUCUAUUUAAAAGUAGUGUAAUGUACCUGUAUAAAAUAUAAAAAUUGUAAAGAGUAAGAA